AUGGCAGACAACUCAGAGGUACAGGCCGUGUCCGAGGCCUUCAAACAAACCUUUGCAGGCAUUCUCCUCCUGGAUGGGACAAUAUACUUCAUGGCACUGCUCAUCCUGAGCGUCCUCCAGAUGGCGUUUACUUUGGCUGGGGUCGCUGUGAGCGAUGAAGCUGGAAUCAUCAGUGUCAUCGCUUUUCUGGCGGAACCCUUGACCGCCAUCCUUACAUCGAGGUUCCUUAUCGACCUGCAGAGGACCCAGCGCAAGCUCGCGGGCUCUUCUAGGUCAAUCUCACUCGGGGAAGUUGUAUCCCAACCGCAGACAUCAAGGAACAUGAACCGCUUCAUUGGGCCCUUGGGAGCCCAGCUUUCGUUCCACGAAGAUGACGGUGAAGAGAACGAGGUCGAAGAUACGUCGUAG